CAAAGUUGCAUUUCUUGGCAUCAUUAUUUCCUAAUAAUGAACCCCCAAAGUGCAAAAUUUUGUCCACUCCAACCACUAAAGUCAUCCACAAUUUCGAAGACAUAAUCUAUACUAUAUUUUCGCUCUUCUCUCGCUCUAGGGUUUGUUGCCUAAAUAGGGUCCAUUUUCUGAUUGCUGAUUGGUUUUCCCACUAAUAACAUAUGUUGGGAUCAUUUGAUUCAUCAUCCCAUGACGACGACGAGGAGGAGCCGCCACCAAACGCCUACAUCCACCAGACUCGCCACCGGAGUUUGGUCCCGCCACCAGUCCAUAUCCGCCAGUUGUUGAUAAGCUGCGCUGAGCUGGUCUCGCGCUCUGAUCUCUCCGCCGCCCACCGCCUGAUCACCGUUCUUGCAACAAGUUCCUCCCCUUUUGGAGAUUCAACUGAGAGAUUAGUCCACCAGUUCACCAGGGCCCUCUCCCUCCGCCUCGACUUCUUGAUGAACCCUAAUCCGGCUGCAGCCGCCGCCGCAAGCAGUCAAGAUUUGGGAUCGGCCGAUGAUGCGCUUAUUCAGUCGUCGUACUUGUCGCUCAACCAAGUUACUCCUUUCGUUAGAUUCUGUCAGCUCACGGCGAAUCAGGCGAUCUUGGAAGCAACAGACGGGCAAAAGGCGAUCCACAUCCUUGAUUUCGACAUCAUGCACGGCGUCCAGUGGCCGCCGCUACUGCAAGCGGUGGCGGAGCGGUAUCCGCCGCCGACUCUCCGAAUCACAGCCACCGGAAGUGAUCGCGAAAUCCUCCGGCGAACGGGCGACCGCUUGGCGAGAUUCGCGCACUCAUUAGGGCUCAGAUUCCAGUUCCACCCCCUCAUACUCCUCAGCAAUCAAGACCCAAUUUCAAUCACGUCUUCAGUUCUUCUCCGACAUGACGAAACCCUAGCAGUAAACUGCGUCAACUAUCUCCACCGCCUGCUCAAAGACUGCAACCGCCUUCUCCUCUUCCUCCAACGGAUAAAAUCCAUGAGCCCCAAGGUUCUCACGGUGGCGGACCAUAACCUCCCCAUUUUCCGGCAGCAGCGCUUCGUGGAGGCUCUCGAUCAUUACGCCGCGGUUUUCGACUCUCUUGAAGCAACUCUGCCGCCCAACAGCCCGGAGCGACUGGCGGUGGAGCAAAUAUGGUUCGGAAGAGAGAUCGCGGAUAUAGUAGCGGGCGACGGCGGCGAUAAUAGGAGGGAACGGCACGAAAGAUUCACGUCAUGGGCUGCGAUGCUAAGGUGCGCAGGCUUCAGUAACACUCCAUUGAGUCCAUUUGCACUUUCGCAAGCUAAGCUUCUGCUGAGACUCCAUUACCCGUCCGAAGGCUACCAGCUUCACAUUCUCGAUGAAUCUCUCUUCUUGGCGUGGCAAAAUCAGCCCUUGUUCUCAGUCUCUUCUUGGCACUGAAAUCCUAACCCUAAUAUCACUGAUCAAACUGCAUGGGUUCGUGAUCCGAUCCACGUUGCGAAAUUGAAGAACAGUAAGCCCACCUCCAAUUCAUUGGCUUCUUCACUAGCAGGAGGCAUUAGCAGUCUCUAUGUGGCGCAUUAAAUCCGUUAAUUAAAGGUUAAUUAGCAUUAUCUUGUGGAGGAGCUGUUUGGCAUUUUGUACUGAUCACGGUUUGCUUAAUCUUUCUACAAAUCUUUAAUUAUAUAUUAAUAUUAAUUAUUAUAAUAAUGCUCUACUUUACAUCAAUUCUA